AGGAGCUGUGACGUUGCUUCGGGCUAGUCUAUGACGUCACACCCAGUACCGGUCUCUCCGCAGUGUGGAAAUAGUUGGUGGAGCGCACGCAGUCCGAUCCACAAAACACCUUUUUAGCUAAGGGACAAAUAUACAUUUGUGAGUUUCUUGUCGGCAUCGAUUGGACAGGAUUUGUAUUAUUUUUAACAGGCUCCGAAAGACGCUCAGUCAGUGAAGGACGUUUGAAAUCGGACUUCUGAUUAGUUCACGAUUAAAGUUCAAACCGGGAAAAGACACGGAUAGAGGUUGUUUUAUCAACGACAUAAGAGUCAUUUAAAUCAGAGCACAGACAGCAUGGCGAGAGAAGAUGCUCGAAAUUGGCAUGACUUCACAAAAAUGAUCGGACUGCUCAGCGUGGUCACGUUGCUGACUUUUCAAGGGGCGGUGUCUCAGCAGGUGAAGGUGGAACCGGAAGUGAUGUCCUACCCCAGCCAGGCGGUCAACCUGAGGUGUGCCUUCACAGACGCUGUAGGGAUACAGCUCACACAGGUGUCCUGGAUCUAUGAGCCGAAGGAGGGCGAGCGACUCAACAUCGCCGUGUACCACCCUAACUUUGGGGCAAGUUACCCCACAUCGCCCCUGAAGGGGCGGGUUCGCUUCACGACGGACCCCCCCUCCCUCAGCAACCCCUCCAUCCAGAUCUCGGACGUCAAGAUGACUGACGAGGGGAAAUACAUCUGUGAAUACGCCACCUACCCCAGCGGCAACGAACAGGGUGUCACCUCCCUCGUCAUGCUAGCCAAACCCAGGAACUCUGCCUCUGGAGUAACAGUGAUAGCCUCCACUGUUGCCACGGGAGCCCAGCCAGUUGUUGUGGCCCGCUGUGUGUCGGCCGACGGUCGCCCUGCUGCCCAGAUCGCAUGGGUGACGGCUGUCAACGGCAACGCUACCUCCGCCUCUACGGCAGGCGCUGACAACACCGUGACGAUAACCAGCCAGUACAUGCUGGUUCCCACUGCAGCAGACAACGGCAAAGACAUCAGCUGUUUGGUGUCCCAUCGGACCCAGGCCAAGCCUGAGAGCUUCCUGAUGAAACUGGCCAUCGAGUACCCCCCACAGGUGACCAUCGUGGGCUAUGAUAAUAACUGGUACGUGGGUCGGACCAACGUGGCUCUGACCUGUCAGGCUACUGCCAACCCCAUCCCUACCACCAUCACAUGGAAAACUAUGUCCGGUCAGAUGCCAGACACAGUGCAGGUAAAAGAAAACGUGCUGACCGUGCUGAAGGUGGACGAGCAGGCCAACACAACCUUCGUCUGCGAGGUCAAGAACCGCCUGGGCACCGGCAAGGACCAGGUCACUGUUAUGGUCAGAGAACCCUCUGUGGUCCCCUCCAACGCGGCUGUGGUGGCAGGUGCUGUGAUUGGCUCCCUUCUGGCCCUCAUCCUCGUCGCCGCCCUUAUCGCCGUCCUGGUCACCCGAAGCCGCAGGCAACAGCAGGGUUACCGUGGCAACCCAAACCACAGCUCCUACGACAUAAAGUCGCGUCUCUUCGGCGCCGGUAGGAAGGGGAGCAAGAACGGGACGGGUGCUGGUGCCGGGGGCAACGGGGCUGGCGGCAACAACAACAGCCCCAUCUACGUCUACAAGGAGGGCUCCGCCCAUGAUGGCCUGACUGACAAGGUCAAUCAACACGUGCCGCUGCACCUGGGGGGGCGUGGUGAGGGGGGGGUUGCCACGGCGCCCACGGCGCAGGACAUCCUGCUGAGCGGCGAGCUGGACGAGGCAGAGCGAAGGAAGUUUGACCAGCUGGAGGACGACGAGGAGAGUUACGACCACUUUGGAGGGGGCGGGCCCAUCCUGCAGCUCCGCCCACCACAUGACCAGGACGGAAUCAUGAGCGGUUACCUUGACGACGACAUGGAGUCUCAGCGCGACGGGUCGGUCAUCUCACGGACUGCCGUGUACGUGUAGAGAGAACGGGCAGAGGAAGAGGAGGAGGAGGAAGGGAAAGCGGGAUGAAAGGAUGAAUGAAAAUGUCCUGGUGUUGGUGGUGUCGAGUUCUCCUCUGUUGGAUCAUUUGAAAUAUAUUAACAACAACCAACAAUGCAGCCCAUAGAGAGAACAAGAUAAAGUGGCUGAGGGAGGGAAUGUACAGAAACAAGAUGAACUGAAUGAAGUGGCUGAGGGAGGGAAUGUACAGAAACAAGAUGAACUGAAUGAAGUGGCUGAGGGAGGGAAUGUACAGAAACAAGAUGGAGGACUGGUGCAUUGAUAAAACAAAUAUUUUUCUCUGGUCCCAAUAUGAAAAGUGGAUCACUUGAUAUCUAUCUACCAAAACAAUGAAAGAAAUCCUGAAACUAUCUUUCUCACAUCGCUGCUCUCUGUGUGUUGUGUUCCUCAUUUCUGUAGUUUAGGGACCUUGGAGAUUGAAGCCUCCAGAGAGACACAUUGUAGUAGGGACUUGUGGGUAAAAUGGCAUCUCCAUGCAGCCGUUCCCUCGCUAGCUAGAGAAACUCCUCACUAAAAUAUUCACUCUUAUCUCCACUAAAUGCACAGUAGCAAUGUAAGGGGUGUCACGAUGAUAUCUGCUCCCUGCUAUUCUCGUCUCUCUCCUGUGGGACAACGUUUGUUCCGGCUACAGUAGUCUUGUUUCUGCUGUAUGUGAUAGUACUGGGGAAGGGAACAGGAAGUUUGGCAGGGGAAGUGGUCGAUGUAGUUGUGGUUAAGUAAAAUGUCAAACUCUCUCUCGUGUCUGUAUGUUGCAGUAGGCCUCUUUCUACCUCAUUUUCUCUCUGCUAUUGUGCCAUCAACUGGAAGUAUGUGCAGAAUUUAGCUUGGGACAUUCUGAAAUGAAGACCGGGGUAGUCAUCUAGAUGAAGACCGUGCAUGAAAGGGGAAUUGAUAGAGGGACAGGAGGGAGGGAAUGGAUAGAGGGAAACCAUACAGCUGUUCUCUCAUCUCCGGAGAGAGGGAUUAGGAUGAAUUGAUAGAGGGAGUCAAAGGAAAGGCUCUGAAACAGCAGGGCUGUUCUUCCUCUCCUCCGUUUGAUCCCUCUCUUCUUGUGGUGUUCCUGACAGGAAGAGUUUGAUUGCUAAUGAGCCAUGAAGUCACCGCUCAGCUUAGCCCACACGCACACCAAAUUACCACCGCUUAGAUGGUAUGACGUGGACAUUUUCUCUCCCUCCUCGCUCUCCCUCUCCUCCCUCCUUACCCUGUCUCUUACCUCUGUCUCUCUCCAUCACCUCUCUCCUCUAUCUCCUUCUCUCCCUCACCGUCUCUCUCCUCCACCAGUCUUUCUCCAUCACCUCUCUCUAGUGUGUGUGUGUGUGUGUGUGUGUGUGUGUGUGUGUGUGUGUGUGUGUGUGUGUGUGUGUGUGUGUGUGUGUGUGUGUGUGUGUGAGAUUUACACAGUGCUGUGUGGAGGUCAGGGAUACAGGGAGAGCAGAGGGAGUAUUGCAUGGCUCCCUCCCUACUUACUGUACCCCCUUCCUCCUGCCAGACCUGACUCAGAAAGCCAUGGUGGCAUCAUGCCCUGUUCACUGUACAUCUCGGCUUUCAUAGUUUUCUUAGUAAGGUUUCCUCCUAUCCCAUUGUAUAUGUUGCUCUGUCAAUCUAUACAAUCACAAGGUAUAUCGAAAUCCAAAUACAUGAUGGCAUAUUUGCAUCUGUAGCUAAUUAAGAUAGAAAUGAAGUCAAAUGAAUUGAUUGAUUCUGUGCAUACACAGGGGGUGUAUGACCUGUUAUAGGACCUAUAUUGACUAGCAGAGAUCUAGGUAUAAUCCUUCAUGAUUCAGACAGACCAGAGCCUGAUAGUUUGGUGACUCAUUUGUCUUUCUAACAAGACAGUCGAGGGCUGUUCAAGCCAAUAUCACCAUGUACAACUAUUAUACAUCACGAGAGGCAAACUGAUGACCACUGGAAGGCUAUGACCAGCUGUCUUCCUGAAGAGCCUUAGUUUCCUACCCUCAAUACCCCAGGUCUGAAUCCCCUCUGAAUCAGCCCCUUAACGAUUCCUAUCUCAUGACUCCCCUGUGAUUCACUGUGUUUCCUGGUUAAUCAGUGGGGUUUCCUUGGCCGCCCUGACCAAGUGAGGCACCCGAUUGGCCCAUUAAGCCUGGGUCUGUUUCUGGGUCACGGCCAGCCAGAGGUCAUGGGGUCAAACGAUGUGUGUUUUACCGCUGAGGGCGUGGAGGGUGCCUGUGGGAUGCACCUCUAAUAGGGCCCUUUAACCCACAGGGUUCACAGAGAAACACACAUAUUACACACACACUCUGGUGAGAGAGCGACGUGUAGUAGUGUUCCAGGAUGAUGUUAACUCUUGUGGUGGAGGUUGACCUUGGUGUGGGGGAGGGAGAGGGGGGAGACUGAGAGGGAGGGAUAGAUACUGACCCACUGUGCGACUCGCCUAACCAUCAUCACUUGAUAACACGAUAGCUUAAGUCUGUCAAUACAAUAAAUUGAUAGCAUUAUGGCCUCAGUAUAGACCAAAACUCUGACUUACAUACACAUUAUAGAUACAGUACACAUGCCUAGAGCAGGGCUCUACAGUGCAACCAUUUUACUCGCAUAAGCGCCUAAAUAUUUUGCUGUGCGACAUAGAAUUUUUAUUUAGGAGCCCCAGUGUGCUGAACAGUUUUGAAUUCUAGCUUUAUUACAUCAAAUAUUUUUCACUGUGCACCUACAUUUCUUUGUGUGCGCCUAAAGUUUUCAACUUAGCCACACACGUGCGCCUAAAAAAAGUCAGCGUAGAGGCCUGUAGUGAACUACUUAUCAUGACCACUAACAAACACGUAUCUCCUAUCUUUGCACUUGUGUGUAACACCAAAACAGGAUAUGCCCACUAGUUGUAUUUGUAUGAAGGUGAUGAAGUGUGUCUCUGGAGAAAUAUUGAUCAUGUCCUUGGGUUUGUAAUGUGAAGAGGGAGGGAGGGAAGGGAGAAAGUUCUAUGUAUAUUUUGGUGUGAGGUAUCUGUAUAGUAUAUAUGUACUGAUCUUUAUUUUUCUUGUCGAACUCUUGUGGAAAAAAUUUGGAUAUUUGUCAGUAUAAAUAACUGCUGUAUAGAGUCAAUGUUGUCUCACUUCCUGAACUCACUUCCUGGUUUGGCCAAGGUCAAAGUUCAAUCGGAGCCAAUAAUACUGUACUCAGAAUGUAACUGCUUGAAUAGACAACCCUUCAAUGAAAAGGUAUAGGAUGUAUAAGAUGCACAUCUUCAGCUAUUAAAUACUGCUGAAUCUAGUUCAUCUCAAGAACAAUAGUUGAAAUGCAUGUAAAGAUUUUAGUUUUUCAGCCAGGAUGAUGACUGAAAUAACUGGAUUGACAGGUUCACUAAACUCAAUCAGAACACUUAAGAUACCUGCCCCUUCACCCAUAAACACACACCCUAUUUAUCAGAUAGACUAGCACCCACAGAGUCAGCGCUGUGUGUGUGGUUUCUGAGUCAGCGCUGUGUGUGUGGUUUCUGAGUCAGCGCUGUGUGUGUGUGUGUGGUUUCUGAGUCAGCGCUGUGUGUGUGUGGUUUCUGAGUCAGCGCUGUGUGUGUGUGGUUUCUGAGUCAGCGCUGUGUGUGUGUGUGUGGUUUCUGAGUCAGCGCUGUGUGUGUGUGUGUGUGGUUUCUGAGUCAGCGCUGUGUGUGUGUGGGUGGUUUCUGAGUCAGCGCUGUGUGUGUGGGUGUGACUCGGGCUGUGGGACGUCUGUCAGUGCCACAGGGUGUGUAACCCUAAUGUAACCCCCAUUUCCUGCCCCCUCUGUCUCUUAGCAUAGGGAGUUAGAGGAGACAUUACUGUACACUGUCCCCUGCAGCCUGAUCUCACACUCACACACACACACACACACACACAGAAAGAGGGAACUAGUAGGAGAGACACUUUCCCAAACACACACAAACACUCAGUGGUCCCAACUAAGCUCAGUGGUCAGAACUGUGUCAGCACAUUCACAGACCUUCUGUUCUCCAGAGACUGGGAGAGAGAGCCACACACACACUCCUCUUGCCCAAUGUCAGAGAGUUUAAGGAGAAUGUGUUCUAAGAACACUUUCAGAGAAUCAUCUGUACUGUUACUCUCUCUGUGAGUGCUGCGUUUUACAGCUUUCCCAAAAUAAAAUACCCAAUUGGCCAAACUUGACCUCCACUGACUGGUCCCGAAGUAAAAUGCUCCUAGAAAAUCACUAUCCAACUAUGUCUUCAGUCUUUUACAACAUAUUUAUUUUUAAAGUAAAUGUUUUCUGGGAAUCUACUUCUCUUGACCUCCACUUGUACUGCCUGGCACAAAGGUUUUAAAAUCAAAAUGCUUUUAGAGAGUUGACGUGAUGUUCCUGACCUGGAGCGAACACAGAGUUGGGUUGUUGUUUAGUUGUUGUUGAUAAUCCACAUCGUCCUCCUCUGGCUCUAAACACUGAUGACUAAUCGAAGCCUUAACUUCCUGGUCGUCUCCAUCGCCCCCCCUGACGUGUACAUAGUAUAAAUAUAUAAAUACAGUAUCUAACGGAAAGAAUUACUAAUUUAUGGUGUCACGUGUUCUAUUUCUCAGCGGCAAGCAUGAAGGAUUUACUCUAUUCUGUAUCAAUGCUUAGUCCCAUCUUUUUAUCUCUUAUUGCAGUGCUUUAUAAUUUAUGUUUUUGGAGUGCUUUAUUUCUCGACUGCUUUGCUGUGAUUACUACACCAAAACAGGCUUAAUGUGCUUUUACUGCACAAAAUGGUGCACGGUGCACACUCGAAACAAUCUUACCACAAAAUGUGCUUUUUAUUCACCAUUCUCUGAACUUGUGUAUUUUAUUUUUUAAAGAAACAUUUUAGAAUUUGUCACUAUUUGUCAUGUCUUUCUAUUAUUUAUUUUUUUGGAUUUGGUUGCAAUUAAAGUUUUCUUGAUUUUUGAAAUGA